AAUCCGCCACGCUGAUGUCCAGGAGCGGAGCCUCUCCUCGGAUCCCUGCUCCCCGGAAUUCGCAGCGCAGGCUCGGGAUUUGACUCCUAGACGAGCGACAGCGCCGCCUUCGCAGCCUGCUUGGGUUGAAAACAUCGGGGCUGGUCAGCGGGUGGGAGAGAGGAGGCUUCGUCGCGGAAAAAGGAGGUGUCUGCCUUUUCUUCCUCCCCCUCCUCUCCUUUCCUCCUCUCCUCCUAUCCUCUCCUUGGCCAUGAGGGAGUACAAAGUGGUUGUUUUGGGCUCGGGUGGAGUCGGUAAAUCCGCCCUGACGGUCCAAUUCGUGACGGGCUCCUUCAUCGAGAAGUACGACCCCACCAUCGAGGAUUUUUACAGGAAGGAGAUCGAGGUGGACUCGUCCCCGUCCGUGCUGGAGAUCCUGGACACGGCGGGGACCGAGCAGUUCGCCUCCAUGCGGGAUCUGUACAUCAAAAACGGCCAGGGCUUCAUUCUGGUCUACAGCCUGGUCAACCAGCAGAGCUUCCAGGACAUCAAGCCCAUGAGGGACCAGAUCAUCCGGGUGAAGAGGUACGAGAGGGUUCCCAUGAUCCUGGUGGGCAACAAGGUGGACCUGGAGGGGGAGAGGGAGGUCUCCUCCGGGGAAGGCAAGGCGCUGGCCCAGGACUGGAGCUGCCCCUUCAUGGAAACUUCAGCCAAGAAUAAAGGAUCAGUGGACGAACUGUUUGCAGAAAUUGUCAGACAGAUGAACUACUCAACUGUCCCCAGUGGCGGAGACAAGUGCUGCUCAUGCGUCCUGCUCUAAACAUCAACAACAUCAACAACAACAACAACAACAGUAACUGAGUCCUGGCUGGUUUUUGAGCUCAUAUAUUGUCCUACAGGCAAAAGUAUUCCCUCUCUUCACACUGUUGUCUUAUUGUUGCACAUAAACAAACAAACAAUUGACGAUGACAACAAUCGAUUACACUCACCAGCCAUUUUAUUAGGUACACAUGACACCUUUUUAUAAUGUGGCGGGAUUGAUGUGUUGUGCUUUCAGAGAUGUUCUUCUCCAUACCCUGGUUGUAACAAGUGGUUAUUUUUGCCUUUCUGUCAGUUUGAACCGGUCUGGUCAUGCUCUGAAGUUUUGGCAUCAACACAUUUUUCACUGAGAGAUCACUGGAUAUUUUCCCUCUUCCUGACCAUUCUCCGUAAACCGUCGAGCAUGGCAAGGACAACAGUAGACCAGGGUGUGUUUAAGAUUGAUGAAGAUGACAGCGUUGUGUUGAAAUUGGAAUUCUGCAGUGCUGCCCCAACAGUCUUGCUUUGCAGAUGACACAGCACAACAAACGUUUUGUGGUCAACAGUCUGCAAAGGGAAUGGUUUGCACCAUGGUUUGCUGGUUAAGAUGCCAAAUGACCAGUCACGGCAAUUUCUAUCACAAUUUCUGCAGCCCAUGUGACACACGGCAGAUUCAGAAGUCGCCCUGGUCUCGAUUCUGACGCUCAGGUUGAACUUCAGCAGGUCGUCUGGACCUUGUCAACAUGAGCUGCUGCGGUGUCAUUGGCAUUUUUGAUAUUUAUAGUGACAGGUGAAACCUAACGGGUGUACCUAUUAAAGUGGCUGGUGACUUUCUGUAUGAUAGUUUGGAAAAGUGUUUACAUGACAAAGUACUUGAAUGUUUCAGGAUUUUUUUUUUAUAGCUUUGUAUAUGACACUUCUCUGGUAAUGUGCCUCAAUGGGAAUGUCUCAUUGUGAAACCUAAGAGACACAUGAUUUCCUUUGCUUCUCCUCCCCGCCCCCCCCCACCCCCCAUUUGUCUCUUUCUCUCUCUCUCUUCUCCUCUCUUUGUGGUUUUAUUUGUUAAGUUGUACUGUUUGAUUAUCUGGACUGGGUCCAUCAGUCUUGGAGAGACUGGUGGUGUGGGUUAUUGUGUCCUGUGGCUGAAGGAGACCUUGACAUAUUUUAAAAUUGCUCUUGAAGCUUGCACAGGUUGCUCAAAUACAAUCUCGAUUUUUCCUGCGACAUGUCUGGAGGUGCAGACGCUCCCCACGAAGGCUACGUUUAAAAAAACAACACAUAACUGUGUUAAACCAAAAAAAAAUAAAAUAGGAGGAUACCUGCACAACAGCAUGGCCCAUCAAGUCAAAAAUAAUUAUUUGUAUCUUAAUUUGUGAAUCAUUAGUGGUACAUUGAAAUUAAUGAUAGUUUGACAUCUUAACAGCAGUGUUGAAUAGAUGUUGGAGGGGACACACUGCAUCCACACUGCCACUGCAUUUCUAGAGCCCUGAAAAUGGAGACGUUUGAAGAUGCUUUUUUUCAGAAACCGAGUUUUCAAAUAUCAUGUCACCAGCAUUCACUUAACUGUGACUGGUCAUCACAGACUUCAACUCCACUAUUAGCUGUGAAUGAAAAAGCUUCAUCAACUCUUACUUUCACUUCAUAUUUUGCUCUCCAAACAACCGCAGAGGAGACGUUCAGCUUUUUGUUUACAUCCGCACGUGCGUGUGAAUGAUCACGUGACAUGCGUUAUGGAUGCAGUUUUCUUCUGAUGCGCUCGUGAUUGUGGAAACACCUGUUUUCAUAUGAAUAUGUAAUAGUAAAUUUAAGAUGCUGUGUUUUAAAGCUGUGGAUUCUGGUGGAGUUGUGAAAUGCCUCCAUAUUUUGUGUCUCUCCUCUCCCUCGUCCCCAAUGAUCUAGUGAAAGUGGAUUCAUCAUGGAACUUGCACUUAGCUGACGGUCUCCCUCCUCAGUGUGCACAAACAAGGAACUCGGUGCAUCGCUGUCACUGACCCCAUGUCAAGUGCCUUCCUAAGAAAACUCCUGUGACCGUGCCAACAGAUGAGUCCUAAUUUCCCUUGCAGUGCGUCUCGAUGGCAAUCAGAACAUUUUAUUAUUUUUUUGAUUUUUCUUUUUUCUUUUAGAAUAAUCAGUUUUCAGUAUACCUGCUCCUCCUUUACAGGCAGGAAGUGAAGCUUGUAACAGACCUGCUGCUUCAAGGUCACAUUCAGGCCGUUUUUCUCAAGGUACUCGUCCAACAAGAACAUUCAUUUUGUUUACUGAAUGGCAAGCCAUGUCUUUUGUGUAUUAUCUAGAUUUAUUUCUUUUCUAAAAAAAAAAAUAUAUAAAUGAAUAAAUAAAUGUGACGUUUUUGACUUAAUGUAAAUGUAAAUCGACCUUUGGACAAAUCUUCUGCCAUCAACCUGUCAGUUUUAAAGACUUGUAAUACAAAAGCAUUUUAUGUAA